UAGUGUACCACAAUAACAAAGUAGCUUGCUUAAGCUUUAUACUUUACGAUACAAGUUAAGCCAGUCUUGUGUGGUUAGAUCCUUUCGUUGUUGAAGACUUAGUAUUUCUUUAAUUUCACACGCUUCUUUUAAUUUGUUCGAGAGGUUUAUGUGAAUUAUUUUUUAAUUAUAUGUAUGUGGUAGUUUGAUAAUUUUUUACAGUUGAGUUAUUAGUGGUGAUUGAAGUUUGGAUCAUUGGAAUGUUAAUACUGAUUCAGAUACAUGCAUAUCAAAUAAGAUGAUUUCUUCAUCGUUAAUUUUUCGAUUUUUAAGUAUAUUUAUGAAGACCAAUUAAAUCAAUACAUCAAGACAAAACUACCUGAAUAUAAAUCAACGUCAACGUCAGAAUAAUAAUAGAAUAUUCAAAACACUACCAAGAACAAUAAAGAAAAAAACUCAAUCUGUUUCAAAAAGGAUAAAGUUAUUUCUGCAUAAUGAAAGAAAAAAGUAAAAAUGCGGCAAGGUCGCGCCGAGAAAAAGAGAAUACAGAAUUUCAAGAACUUGCUAAAUUAUUACCACUUCCAGCAGCGACAACUUCACAAUUGGAUAAAGCAAGUGUAAUUCGAUUAACAACAAGUUACUUGAAGAUGAGAGCAGUGUUUCCAAAUGGUUUAGGGAAUGAAUGGGGAGCUUCUACUACUAUGAAUGACUCACGUGAUGGAGUAAUCAAAGAAUUAGGUUCUUACUUAUUGCAGGUUAUUCAUUGUUCAGGAUAUCUAAAAGUGCACAUUCGUGGAGUUCCUUAUGAAGAAUGUCAAAUAAUUGGUCUUGUAGCAGUAGGAAAUUCGCUUCCACCCAGUGCAAUCACGGAGAUAAAAUUGUACCAUAAUAUGUUUAUGUUUCGUGCAUCUUUGGAUCUCAAGCUUAUAUUUCUUGAUGUAAGUGUCAGGGAACUUACCGGAUAUGAUCCUCAAGACCUAAUUGAAAAAACACUUUACCAUUAUGUUCAUGGCUGCGAUAUUUGGCAUUUACGCGAAUCACAUCAAGUAUUACUUAUGAAAACCCAAGUAACGACGAAGUAUUAUCGGUUCUUAACAAAAUAUGGUGGGUGGAUUUGGAUGCAGUCAUAUGUAACAAUUGUGAAUAAUUCACGAAGUUCUCGACCACAAUGUAUUGUAUCAGUAAACUACGUUUUGUCUGAUAAGGAAGCAUCUCAUUUAAUUUUGAAUUCAGAUCAAAAAAUGAAUACUAUUUCUGAUAAUCAUGUGAAUACUACCCACUCCUCAAGUAAUGCGAUCUCUCGUGAAGUAAAUGACCAUUGUAGUCCAAGUUCUUCAUAUUCACCUCGAACAAAUGAAAUUCAAGAUGAUUAUGUUGACACAACUUAUUCUAUUUCUUCUGAUUAUAUAUCUACAACUCAUAUCAAUCCUCCUCCUUAUCAGCCAUCAAUUUAUACACCACCAAUAUUAUCUGUUGUAACUCCGCCAAACAUCAAUGCACAUGAAGAUUCAUCCACUUACUGUCCUAUAGAUCUCUUCUAUCAAUAUGUUGUAACUCCUGAUUCAUUAUCGUCACCAUCUUCGCAGCAGCAACACUUAUUACUCCAUUCUAAUAAUAUUCAACAAUCUCAACAAAAUAAAUUAGAGAUCCAACAGAGAAGAUCACUGUACUCCUCUGUAUCGAAUUCAUCUACCAAUUACAACAGGUCGGAAUCCCAUGUGUCUAAUUCAUCGACAAAUCACGCUACAUCAUCAUCGUAUUCAAUAACUAGUCAUCAAGGACAUAUCACGACUCAUAAUGAACAUCAUGAUCAACGUGAACAGCAUAACUCUCCUCAUCAACGACAACUACCUACUAAUCAAAAUUCUCAUAAUCAGCAAACUCAAUCACUAACCAACGGAUCUUUGAGAAACUAUGGUGAAGCGGGGUGUAGUUCUUUCCAGAACUGUGCUUUUGGUGUUAAUUCUUCAAUUAUGAAUAGAACAAUUUCGAUAAUUAACCAUAAAAAUUUACAAUCUGUAACUGCAAGCCACAAUAUUGAUGAUUUAUCUAGCCCAAUUUAUACCAGUGUUAUAGUUGAUCCUCAUCGAUACGCUCCUAAGAAUGAUCAAAAUGCUGACGAUUUAGAUGAAAAUCAACAAGCAGUAGUAGAGAAAAAUAAAACACCACCGACUACAAAUUUAUCGCCAGAAUUAACAGCACCGUCUCCAACUUCUACAAUGUCAACAUCACCAACAACAGAGAGUGAAAAAAUAUCAUCUCUACCAUCUGAUGAAAUGAAGUCAUUAACUCUUUCAAGAAAUGUUUCAAAAAGUAAGCAGCUAGUUAAAAUGAUAAGUAAAUCACAUUGCCCUCAAAAUACAACGGAUUUUUCUAUGUAUGAUAAAUAUGACGAUAAACAAGAAAUUGUAUAUAACCGUUCAAAUUUGACAAAGUAUUCAUUUAUAACUGGAUUUCCAAGAUCGUAAGAAUGUAACAAUUAAUUUUAAAGAAAUUUAGUUACUUAAGUUAGUUAUCGGUACAAUAAAUAAAAUAAAUUAUGAA